CCACCGCCUUAAUUUUUCACUUCUUGUUCGAUUGGAAUGCCUGGAAAGUCUCCUUACGGUCUCCAUCCCUAUCGACUACCUUUGUUUCAUGUUCCAGAUGAUUCUUACAAUGCAGAUUCCACCGCUUAAAUUCCAUCUUAUCCAGUCUCCCAUCAUACAUGGGAGCCAUGACAGCCAAGUAUGGGACUACCACUUUGUACAAGUCACCUUUUCUCAUAAAGCCGUGGGCGUAGCGUUUGCAUGACAAAAUGCUACAAAUUAAAAUGGAAAAAUCUUGUCUGCUGGCACUCGGACGAUUCGGACCUUAUCGUAUCGGUAUAUCCAAUGCAAUUAAUUGUAUACUAUAAUCCGACCUUAUCUUGUCGUCAAUCAAAAUGCAUUUCUUUGUUACCGAGGCCAACUUGAUCCCACAGAUUCCUCCAUCUAUAUAUAUAUACACAUAUGCUUUUUGGUUCUGACUCGAAGUUACUCAUUACCUGAGAGUGUUUAGAGAAAAAAGAGUAUCUACCCUGAAGGGUUUUUUGUCACAGCAAUAUUUCUUUCCCCAGGUGACAGAUAAGCAGACAUUAUGGGUAAGGGAGGCAAGUCUGAGACGGAGGGUCAAAAUGGAGAAGAAGUUACAGAGAACAUGGCUGCAUGGUUGUGUGGGAUCAAUACGCUCCGCAUUCAGCCCUUUAAACUUCCCCCCCUUGGUCCUCAUGACGCAAGAGUGCGCAUGAAGGCUGUGGGUAUCUGUGGCAGUGACGUACACUAUCUCAAGCAUUUUCGGUUGGCUGAUUUCAUUGUGAAAGAACCCAUGGUGAUCGGGCAUGAAUGUGCAGGAGUUAUUGAAGAAGUGGGUAGUGAAGUGAAACAUCUGGUUGCCGGUGACCGAGUUGCUCUGGAGCCUGGAAUUUCAUGCUGGCGUUGCAAUUACUGCAGAGAGGGUUCUUAUAAUCUGUGUCCUGACAUGGAGUUCUUUGCAACACCUCCAGUGCAUGGUUCCUUGGCCAAUCAGGUUGUACAUCCUGCAAAUUUGUGUUUCAAGUUGCCAGACAAUGUGAGUCUAGAGGAAGGUGCGAUGUGUGAGCCAUUGAGUGUUGGCGUUCAUGCUUGUCGCCGUGCUUCUGUAGGUGCUGAAACCAACAUCUUGAUCAUGGGGGCUGGUCCUAUUGGCCUUGUUACAAUGUUAUCUGCACGUGCAUUUGGAGCACCACGCAUAAUUAUUGCUGAUGUAGAUGAACAACGUUUAUCUGUGGCUAGAACAUUGGGAGCUGAUGGCUCCAUUCUUGUCUCCAUGAAAUCGGAGGAUAUUGAAGAAGAAGUCAACCGAAUACAACAUUUAAUGGGAGGAACUAUACAUGUAACAUUUGAUUGUGCUGGUUUUGAAAAAACCAUGACCACAGCACUAAAGGCUACUUCUUCAGGUGGUAAGGUAUGCCUCAUUGGAAUGGGUCAUAACGAAAUGACUGUGCCACUCACUCCAGCUGCUGCAAGGGAAGUAGAUAUUGUUGGCGUCUUCCGCUACAAAAACACAUGGCCUCUGUGUCUUGAAUUCUUGAGUACUGGAAAGGUGGAUGUGAAACCUUUGAUCACCCAUCGGUUUGGCUUUUCACAGAAGGAAGUGGAUGAAGCCUUUGAAACUAGUGCUCGUGGGGGAAAUGCAAUCAAAGUCAUGUUUAAUCUUUGAAAAAAAUAUGUUACAGAGAUCCUGGAUGCAAAUGUCUAUUUAGUGACUGUCUAGUUCCGUUUACUUGGUAUAUGCUAUCGAUAAAAAAAAGGUAAAAAAGGAAAUAUUUAUAUGGUAUUCAGUACGGCUUGUACAGUACCGAGUAUUGAAGUUGAAACUAGUGCUUGUGGGGGAUAUGCAAUCAAAGUCAUGUUUAAUCUUUGAGAAAAUAUUCAAACUAGUGCUGGUGGGGGAAAUAAUGCAAUCAGAGUCAUAUUUAAUCUUUGAGAAAAGUGACAAGUAUGGUACAGAGAUCACAGAGAUCCUGGAUGCAAAUGUUUAUGUAGUCACUGUCUAGUUCCAUUUCAGUAAACUUAUAUAUGAUAUCAAUAAAAAUAGGGUACUGAGUAUUGAAGUUGAA